CGGCAUUGACUUUGGCUGCAGCGCUGGUGCUACUGCUGAUUCCCUGCGUGUCCUGCACAGCUGCAGAAAGGUGAGAGAGAGAGAGAACGAGUGAGAGACUUUAUUAUACAGCUAAAGACAGCCAUUGAUAAAUAUAGUGAGAUGAUUGAACUGGGCUCAGUGGAGGAGGGCAGGAGUCUGAUAGAAGAGCUGAUGGAGUUAACAUCUCAAAGCCUGUGCAAACUGGAGAUUAAAGAGCAUUUCAACAUCAUUAAAGAGAUCGGCCGGGGCAAGUAUGGUCGUGUGCUGCUGGUCACUCACCGCUGUAAGGGAACGCCAAUGGCUCUGAAAGUGUUGCCCAAAACAUCAACGAAACUGCAAGGAUUUCUGCGGGAAUAUUGCAUCUCCCUGCAGCUGUCCUGUCACCCCUGCAUCGUGGGUCUGUUCGGCAUCGCCUUCCAGUCAAACGAGCACUAUGGGUUUGCUCAAGAGCUGGUGGUGGGUCGAGACCUGUUCGCCAUCAUUCAGCCACGGGUUGGCAUCUCAGAAUGUGCCGUCAAACGCUGUGCUGUUCAGAUCUCCAGCGCCCUCGAGUUCAUCCACCAGCGUGGCCUGGUGCACCGCGACAUCAAACCCGAGAACGUGCUGCUGCUGGACAACCACUGCCGUCAAGUUAAGCUGGCCGAUUUCGGCCUCACCCAGAGACGUGGAACCCUCAUCCACUAUAUAUCGGGCACGUUGCCAUAUAUGGCCCCGGAGCUGUGCGCCAUGGUCCUGGAAGAAGGUCAGAAGGAGGUAAAGGCUCCUCCGCUCAGCGUGCAGCCCAGUUUAGACACGUGGGCGUUUGGCGUUCUGCUGUUUUGUAUUCUCACUGGGUUCUUUCCUUGGGAGCGCUGCGACGACAGCGACGAUUUCUACGAGGAGUUCGCCGACUGGCGCCGGGAGCCCAGCACGGCCCCCGUGCCAUCUCAGUGGAAAAGGUUCACGCCUGUAUGCAUGGAGAUGUUCAAAAGGAUGUUGGCGUUGGAUGCCAAGGAGAGGUCCUCGGUAGGUGAGGUCAAAGGUUACGUGGGUAAGGAGUGGGUGCGAGCGAAGGACAUCAACGGAUGGGUCGGGGACAAUGGUGAACAGUGAUGGAGUCAUGUGACUUUUGGAAAGCCAAAACUUGGGAAUAAGAUUUUUCUUUGUAAAGGAACAUUUUUAUUAUCGCUACAUUACCUUUUUUAGCCAAAUAUACAGAUGUGAUUAUAUUGAUUAUGUGUGUACAUUGUGUUAGUGCUUUGAAAGGACUUUUACUAAGCCAUUUAUGACCUUUUCCCACAAUCCCAGUCAUUCAUCAUUUGUCUACAUUCAGAAAAUAGCACUACAACCUUCUCUGUUGAACAUUUGAUAAUCUCCUGGCAUCUGUUGCGCUUGAUGAGGUAUUGAUAGAUCUGCCCCGGUCUGGUGUUUGUUUGAGUCCUGCUCCAGAGAAACUGUCCCAGUAGGGUGUCUUCACUGGAGGUCAGGGGGUAAUUUGGCUCCCUUUGCUGCAUAUUUAGAGAGUUACACUUACAAUGUUAUGUUACCAUGAUCCCUAGUGCGGCCCACACAUGUUCUCAUCAAAGGUCUUAAAUCCCAUAAUGCAGCCCAACCUGAUCUCAUGGGAAUUUGUGCAUAUUUUACGAGUUGGCUAAUUCAGAUGAAUUCGUACAACGUGAAUCAAAUGAAAAUACGAUUAUUCGAAAAAACAAUAAUGAUGCACCAUCCAUAAUCCUAACAUCAUCACACUGGCGAAAGAAAAUCAUACAAAAAUUUACGAAUUCGGUCAUACAAAUUAGCAACCUUGUACAUUUUUUUUACAAAUUGCCGUGAACUUGUGUUCUUGCAGCCAGAUGCCCAUAAUUUAGGGCUUAACACAUUUUUAAUGCACUUAGUCUUUAUCAGUAAAUUGAAGCAAGGCUGUUGAUAAAAUGCUUUUUUAUUGAAGUGCAUCCCUAUAGUGGUCCAAUAAGAUAUUAGGACAAACCCACACUUUAAAGCUAUCAAAUAUAAUGGGAUUCAAUCACAGCAUAUUAAACUACAAAGUUUUCAGUGAAAAAAAAAGGUUUAAAAAGAAUUAAAUUAAAAAAAGGUGUAAAAAAGCUGACUUAUUUUUUAAAGUAGUUCGAUUUUAACAAAUUAAACAUUUUACCUUUUUUUGUACGCAUUUCACAUGACUUUAAAAUGACUUUAUACAUUUUACACUUAGUGAACCUUGUUGACAAUUGAUUAAAGUAUAUGUGUGAAAAAAUUGCCUAAAACAGUAGUUGAUUAAUGAAAUAUAUAUAUAUACACAAACACAUACAUUUAUACAUACAUUUGAGGUCAUAAGUUUACCAGUUAACCAAGUUCAAUAGUUUACAUACCCUUGAUUCUCAAUACUUUAUGAUGUUACCUGGUUGAUUAACGGCUGUUUUUGAAUUUUCUUCUUCAUGCGUGUCUUUCUAGAGGUCUUCUUGGGUCCAAAAAAAAUUCACCCAACCCAAAAUGACCCGAAACACUUUUUACCCGAACCCCACAUGGAUAAAUAUUUUUUAUAGACCGUUUAAUCAAGCGCAUGUGCGGUGAUGCGAUAAGGGUCUGGUCCAAACUUUACUUGCGGUUUCUGUUUGUUUAAUGGUCUGACUAGUUGCUGAAACUGAACUCUUAAACAAAUACCUCGUCGAAAAUAACAAAUGAUGUUUUGGGUUCCUAUGUAAUCUACGUGUUGUUUAUUUUGCUUAUUAUAUUAUUAAUAAAUAAACUACUUUAAA